AUGUCUUCACCAAAAGUAAGGUCUACUGGGCCGGCGCCCUUCUUCGUCCGUACAAUUUACCCCUUUGACCCCCCUGCUCCCGCGUCAUUUGAGAAUCUACUUGCAUUCGACAAGGGAGAGCUCGAACUAAUUCACGAUGUUGAGUCUUCUGGCUGGACAGAGUGCAGCCUGCUGAAAUGCGGUACUGUAGGCUGGAUGCCUCUGAACUACUGUAACGUGUUUGACCCAAAGCCACUGAGGCCCCUGCUCAAAGCUGUUAUCAAGUUCUCAGAAGCCUUGGGCUUGGACCCAGAUGUGCCUAUUGACGGAGGAGACAUUGACGCCAUCGUUCAUGAAGUCUCGAGUAUCAUGAACCUCGGAUAUCGCCUCGACGUCGAUUACCCCCAGAUAGGCGCAUGGAAGGUCCUGCACCCCAUAAGUAUCUGCGUUCACGACCUCGUCCUUGUCCUACAGAAACAACUCGGAACGAUGCGGGAGGGUACCCCUGGCCAGGGGAAGAAGGACAGUACACACAGGACUGGCAUCGUCUCGAUUGCUUUCAAGAUCGUGAUCAAAGCUGAUACUUUCUUGUCAGCCGUCAAAAAGCUGCACCAGAGUCAUCUCUCUCAUGGCUCGAGCAACGCCAAGAGCCCUUGUAUUGUUGACGAUGAGAGCAAGACAUCUUCAACUACGAGAGCUGUAGAUGCUUCGAACGACGAACCCGAUAGCCCCUUGUCUAGGGGACCCAACAAGCACGAGCACAUGGCCUAUCUCGCUCCAGCAUCGCCUCGCGAAUCCCCAGAGCGUGAAUCAUCCCCACAAACAAAGCAAAGACAGGACCAUCACCCUGACCUGCAAGACUCUGGCUCUAAAACCCAACUGGAGCAACAGCUACUGCAUCGUCCCGAUGAUAUACUGCCCCAGCCUUUAGGGCACCAUACAUUCGUCCAGAAUCAAUCGUUCAUCUUGAGAGCACAAGUGACCCGUUGUUCCCUACCAGCUCUCAUGGGGCACCUUACAGAUUGCGAGCUCCAGUCUAUUAGGGAACAGUUCGUCGAAGCUUUCUUCCUAACAUGGGAGCUAUUCUGUACACCAGAGGAGUUACUAAGCGCCCUGACUAAGCGAUUCAAGGCUGCCCAGAACGAAGAAGCGCAGCGGAGAAACAGGAUUCAAUCUCAAGUUUGCUACGCCCUCAGGGUUUGGCUGGAGUCUAAUUGGGAGCCCAGCACAGACCAGCGUGUCCUACUAUCGCUAGACUCCUUUCUUAGAUGCGAAGUCCAGAACAUCUUACCGGCAUCAUCAGCGUUUCUCCUCGAUAUUACAAAGAGCAUCGGCAUCGCACAGCAGGGUCGUCCGUGUAUCUCCCCCUCGAUAACGACCAUUAAAAGGGAUACGACCUGUCGACAUGGAAGAAAUAUGAGCAUGGAUAUUGCGAACAGCCUCUUUACAAGCCGUGGUGAUCAGGUGUCCAUUGUAUAUAUGUGUCACGACUCUCUUGCCGCUCAAAUCACCUCCAAGCAAAUACAGGUAUUCUCUUGCAUCAAGGCACGAGAGCUUCUGGCCGGGAGGUGGAUGGUUCACAACUCGAAAGACGCCCCCAACGUGGUGGCUAUGUGCCAGCUCACCAACAGAAUCUCCAACUGGGUCAAGGAGAGCAUCCUCACCGAAGCUGAGCCUAAAGGCCGGGGUUAUGUUAUAGAAACAUGGAUCCUUAUCGCGCAGCAUCUGUUCCAGUUGAGAAACUUUGAUGGCCUAGUGGCUGUUACCUCAGGACUGGACGACACCUCUGUACUGAGGCUCAAGCAGUCUUGGGAUUCUAUAUCAAUACAGGCCAAGGAGUCGUUCCGCUCUCUACGGCAGAUCGUCGACCCCUCCGAGAACCGCAAGAAGCUGCGAGCUUUGUUCUCAAGUUCCUCAGCCCCACGCCUCCCCUUCUUGGGCUCAUAUCUGAGCCAACUAGUCUUCACUGAUGAAUAUCACAAAGUGAAGAAUGUCAAGGAAGGAGAAGCAUCUUCAGGCUCAGACGAAAAGAUCAUCAAUUGGGAGAAGUAUGCUCGCAUAGCGUCAAUUGUUAAGGGUCUUGUUGGCAGUCAAGAGCCCUUUGACAUCAUUCCUGAUACUGAGCUGCAGAUGUGGAUAGGCAAGAGGACUUCGGAGUUUUGGUGUGUUGACCAGGAUUGCCUCCAGGAGAUAUAUUACAAGAGAAGCAAGUUCCUCGAGUCGGGUAUGUCGCAUCACAAGAGGUAUCCAAGUUUGCGUUCUCUUUUCCACUUGAAGUCCUGA